AUGGCACACUUGAACACAAUAUCGACAAGCAACGUUUCACAAGGAACGUGGCAAUGCCGAAAUGGCAAAACCGUCUCCUCAUCCAGGAAAGGAAAUAAAACACAUCGCACAAGGGCGCACAGGUCCUUCUUCAAAAAAUUUGCUAUCCUUUUUGCUGUUGCUUGCAUCUUGUUAAUGCAUCCAGAUGACUUCGAAACACAAGAACAACAUGUCGCCAAAGUGCAUAACAGAGUUUCCCGCAGUUUAGCAAAGGUAAAAUCACUUUCAUCAGAAAAUGGGCUUGAAUUACAUCCGAUGGAAUUCGAACACUAUGACGAUGCUCCACCAACCUAUGAAGGAACCUAUGAAGGUGCCUACAACGAUGUCGACGAACCUUAUGCAGAAGCCUAUGAAUUUCCCCCCAAACGAGUAUACUCUCGCAACCAAUGGACGACACCAAAAAAACGAUGUUAUAGAGACGGACCAGGAACUAUUCUAAAAGAACGGAAAAUAGUGGAGUACGAGAUACCACAACAAGUGCAUUAUGAAAGAAAGUGGAAAAUAGAACAUGAUGCACGGGAAGAAGAAGUCGAUAGCAACGAGACAUUAUCUGCCGAUGUAGCAGUCUCCGCUUCAGUUGAAAAAUCUAGCACAUCCGUUUCGAAGUUGGGUGCAGAAGAGCCGUUGCCAUCAUCCCCACAAAAUAAAGCACAAAGUGCAAAAAUGGCACAGGAACCGAAAGGAUCUUCAGGUGCAGGAACGAGCGCAAGCACCGGAAGCAUCGGAAGCACAAAGCAUGGCAAGCAGAAUAAGGCAGUUAACAUAAAAACCGGAAGAGGCUUUAGUAGACGGCAAUUGGCCACAUAUAUUACUUAUAGGUACUGCAAGUUCUUCGUUGCGGCUAUUGUGGUGCGGGUAUACUCAGUAUGUUGUCACUUCUGCUAUUCCGGUGCUGCUACCGAAAGCGCAGGCAAAAAUGCCGAAGAAAGUUUUGAAAGCACAAAAUUGCGUCCGAAGGAAUAUCACAAAGCGCAACUGCUCCGGAAAAAUCAGAGGUAA